ACAGAGAGAAGAGAGGACAGGAUCAGGGCAUUGUAUUCUCGGUACUCCCCAAGCAAAAGAACCUCAAAUCUCAAAUCCUCCAUGGAGUUUGUCACAGUUCUCCUGUCCAUUGUUGUCAUCUUCUUCUUGGUCAAUGUUUUCAGCAAUCGAAAACAAGGGAAAUACAAAAAUUUCCCCCCUGGGCCAAAACCUUUGCCGAUCCUUGGAAAUAUCCUCAUGAUGGACAUGUGGAAACCCUAUAAAACAUUUGUGCAGCUAUCUAAGGAAUACGGCACAGUCUUCAGUGUCCAGAUGGGCAGGACAAAAUUUGUUAUCUUAUGUGGUUACGAAACCAUUAAAGAUGCUCUGAUCAACAACGCUGAAGUGUUCUCUGAUAGACCACAGAAUCCUUUAUUCACUAACUCAUCAAAGGACCAUGGUAUUGUUUUUUCCAAUGGAGAGAACUGGAAAGUGAUGAGAAGAUUUACUCUUUCAACCUUACGAGAUUAUGGAAUGGGCAAGAAAACCAUAGAAGACAAGAUCAUUGAGGAGGCUAAAUGUUUAGUACAGAAGUUGAAAUCAUAUGAAGGAAAACCCUUUGGUAAUUUCACCAGCAUAAAUGCUGCUGUAACCAAUAUAAUUGUGGCCAUAUUGCUAAAUAAAAGAUUUGACUAUGAAGAUCCGACCAUACUGAGGCUUAUUGGUUUAGUUAAUGAGAAUAUAAGACUCCUAGGAAGCCCAGGGGUCAGGCUGUACAACAGUUUUCCCACGCUCAUGAACUGGCUGCCAGGAGCUCACAAAACUAUUUUUAAAAACCUUAGAGAGUUUCACAGCUUUAUAAGAGCGACAUUUACAAAAUAUAAGAAGGAACUAGACGUGAAUGACCAGAGGAACCUCAUUGAUGCCUUCUUAGCAAAGCAGCAAGAGGGAAAGCAAGAAUCCGCUCAAUAUUACCAUGAUGAGAACCUGACUGUACUCGUGGGAGACCUGUUUGGUGCUGGAAUGGAGACCACUUCAACCACAUUGAGAUGGAGUCUUCUGUUAAUGAUAAAAUACCCAGACAUUCAAAAAAAAGUGCAAGAUGAAAUUAAUAAAGUGAUUGGAUCAGCACAACCUCAAAUGGAGCAUAGGAAACAAAUGCCGUAUACAGAUGCCGUCAUUCAUGAAAUUCAACGAUUUGGAGAUAUUGCACCAACUACUGUACCUCAUGCAGCUUCUCAAGAUGUUACAUUCAUGGGCUAUUUGAUUCCAAAGGGAACUAUUGUCCUCCCAGUACUGCAUUCUAUACACAAAGACAAAGAAUAUUUUGAGAAACCACAUGAGUUUUAUCCAGAGCACUUUCUUGAUUCAGAAGGAAAUUUCAAAAAGAGUGAGGUCUUCAUACCAUUUUCAAUAGGUAGAAGAAGUUGUACUGGCGAGAACUUAGCUAAAAUGGAGAUAUUCCUGUUUAUUACAUCACUUUUGCAGCAUCUCACAUUCAAGGCCCCCCCGGGAGCUAAACUAGACCUUACACCUGCAUUGGGGUCUACAAAUUCCCCUAAACCUUUUGAAAUUUGUGUCCUACCUCGCAACUAGGAUGUGGAAAUUAAUUUUGUUUAUGGUUGUGCAUAGAGAUGACCGAAGUAUUAAAAAAUUUUAAUUGGCUGCUUUGCUGAAUUUUACAAAAAAAAUCUGCUUUGUGAUGAAUUACUUUGUCACA